UAGCUACAACGACGUUAAUGUUUGGUGGCCAAACAUUGGAACGUUAAUUGGAGCCACUGUAUAUGGUACAUCUACAAACGGGUCUGCAUCCACUGAUGCCGGGAGUUCGAACCGCUCCUCUACCGACGGAUCUACUCGGCGAACGGCCAAAGAUGUGCAAGGAGUAGUUCGUUUAUUCGUCCUCGCUAUUUGUAUGACUUGGUUUAUGUAA